UCUCUCUCUCUCUCUCUCUCUCUCCAGGUCGAAUGCUGAUUCACUCUCACAUGUUGGCAGCUCAGUGAAGAGAUUUUUUUCUUUUGGUUGCCUGUGCACCUGUUUCUCAUCUGAGACGGCCUAAGAAUAAGAGUGAAAGCAAAAAGGGGAAAAUGGAAAUGUAUCUAAAAUUCACAGCAGGCCUCCUUCUGAUGGUCCAUGCCUUUCACGUGGCAUCGCUCCAAGAUUCAACCGACUCUCCGGGGCGUACGAUUAAUCAGAACUGGCUCCGCGAUCUCCCCAGGAAUAAAACUGGACGUCAAAACGCCGCAGUCGCUGAAGAGGAGUCGGAAGAUGAUCGGGAUCUUGGCGCGUCGGCAAUGGAGUCGAGCAAUGAUUACGGUGGUAUAGCAUCGGGCUCCAUGGUGCUCUCUGACGGAGAAGAGGAGAAUUUGUUCAGUCGCGAAACGGCGGAAAAUAAAACGUCUGAUGAUCUGAACGCCGUCACGACCACGCUGCCUCAAGCGUUGCCGAACGGUGAAACCGAACAACCCGAAUUGUGGAACGCCACAGUCUCCCCAGCGACACAAGCCACAAACUCAAGCCAGGUCAACGUGACAGAGGCUGAGGAGGAAUCUCAGAACUCAACGGCAGCCCCUCAAACCUCCACCGCUCACUGGAUUGCACCAAACGCCACCAGCUCUCCGGAUUCCUCCAAUGGCACCGGUCUGCAGUCGACGACCUCGGCUCCGGAGAGCGACGCCACGCAGGCAUCCACAACGGAACCAGGGGGGGAUGUGGGGUCAUCCAACAGCACCACGCCCAUGGCGACCACAGAGGCACCACGGGAAAAUGAGACCCCCGUCACGCCUUCAUCCACAACGGCGGUCCCUCCCGAGAGCGCGGAGACGAGCCCGCUGCCCCCGGCCUCCGACGCUCCGAUCACACCGGAGAAGGCCAACAAGACGGACAAAGACGGAGCCGCGGGGAGCAGCGCCGACAGAGGUGUGGCCUCAGAUUCACACAGGAGCAGUAGUAAUUCGUGGGGCGCCGUACUCGGGACGGCGGUGGCUGUGGCCCUUGUGGGACUGGUGGCCUACGUCAUCCUGAAGAAGAAACAGCAGAAGGCCUUCUCUCACCGGAAACUGGUCGAGGAGUUUCCCUCAGACCCAGUUCUCAGAUUGGACAACAGUGAACCUUUGGACUUGAACUUUGGUCGUGCGGCCUAUUUCAACCCGGGACUCCAGGGGGACAACAUCCAAAUGAGCAACUUCCCAUGACACCACAGGAACUGAAAAGACUCCCAAAACCAAAGUCAUGAACUCCCCUUGAAAGAAAGCGACUUAUUCUUAACAGCGUUUGAUAGACAACUGAUUUCUUUGGGGUUUUUGUUUAUGUGACUGUCCGUCUGAGUUUGUGUAGAUUCUAUGUCAGAUUAUGCAAUAUGCUGAAUAGAUUUAUUGAAUUGAAAUAGAGGAAUCACUGAAGGAAAUCUUCUAUCUGAAGUACACUGCCGUAGCCAAUGUUGACUGUCAGCCAUGUAUGUAUGUUGCCAAAGGGGAAUGAAAUGAAGAUUGUGAUUUGCUAUCAUCUAUAAAGGGUGUUACAAAUGUAUAUUUGUCAUAACUUUUGGUUAAAGACAAGACAAAACAAUUCUUGGUUUACAAUCUGAUCAGGUAAAGAGAAGAAUAUGAGUCAGUUGUGGGAAAAAAGAUAUGUGCAGAUUACACAGGUGGCACGUCAAAAUUCAGAAGCCGUUGCGAACAACACCAUUAAACCAUGUCGAACAUCGCCUGCUGUUAUGGCACGAGGAAGGAAACGAGAAGCUAUAUUUGAACUGCGCUUUCAGAUUUUUCCACAAAAGACAGUCACAGCCAGAGGCCAAGAAUUGAACCGUCAAACCAUAGACUUGAGUUUUCCUUUUCUACAAAGGAUCGGAGGUGGAGGGAGGGAGGGAGGCUGGCAGCUGCUUUCUUAUUCAUAGACUGAGGUUUUGGUAUUCAUGAAGGGAGUUUGUGUAUUUGGUUUUUAGCCCUGCUCAGUAGCAACAUCUGUAUCAUCGUAAUAUACUGCUUAAAUCUUCUGACCUCCAGGUGUCCAAACAGAUUUGUGGCUCUCGCAGCAGCAGCAGCAGCAGCAGCGUGCACCUCGAGGAGUUAUAUCCUGCAGCGUUCAACCUGCAGCAUACCUAGAUCAAAAACAGACAGAGCCUGAUUAUGAAUUUCUUAAAAAACGUUCUAUUUUCUUAUUGUUAUUCUUCUCCAUUGUUUGCUUUAACUUUGAAUGACAACCUUGAGCAGAAUAGUGUCUCUUACUUGACUGAUACUAAGUGGAUGGGCAAGGAGCCACGGAUUAACUGCACUCUCUAAUCCUUUAAUGUGUCUAAUGCCUUUGUAAAAUCGAAUCUAACAAUAUUUAAGAAUUGUUGAUUGCUAAAUGCUCUUAUUUUUCUGUGUUGAAUAAAAAAAAACUGUACAUGCGAAGAAAA